AAACCAUGUUUUUAAAAAAUUCAACGCUCCUCUUCAUCUCUCCCAUCACCAUUUUCUGUCUUCAGUAAUAUGCUGGCAUUUUUGUCUCGUAUUCAAAAUAUCUCGAAUCCGCCUGCAAACGCUAUUCAACCUAAAGAAACCAAUGCUUUGAAGUUUGGUUGCCUUGGUGCUGCCAAAAUCACCCCAGGGGCAUUAGUAAAGCCUUCAACGACUCAUUCUGGAGUGCUACUUUAUGCUGUUGCUGCUCGGGACCAGGCACGCGCAGACGCAUUUGCGCACAAGCACGGUUUUCAAAAAAGUUAUGGUGGUACUACUGCUUAUCAAGAUUUGAUUGAUGAUCCUGAAGUAGAAGCCGUGUACAACCCCCUUCCCAAUGGUCUUCAUUUCGAGUGGACGAUGAAAGCUCUCAAGGGCGGUAAACACGUUCUCCUUGAAAAACCUGCUACGAACACGGAAGAUGAGGCGCGACAGAUCUUCUCACUUGCAGCUCAGAAGGGACUGGUGGUAUUGGAAGCGUUUCACUUUCGUUUCCACCCUUCGAUUCAACGCAUGAAAGCCAUCUUGGACAGUAAUGAGCUGGGUGCCAUCAAGAGUAUCACUGCUGGUCUUACUGCUCCCCAAGGUACUGCGCAGCCUGAUGAUAUUCGGUGGAUGUACGAGCUCGGCGGUGGUAGUACGAUGGACCCUGGUUCUUACCCUAUCAACUUUGUCCGUUAUCUGGCAGCUCCCCACAAACCGAAGACGGUUGUCAGCGCCUCUGCUGUGCCUUACACCUCAGCACCUCAACAUAAGCAAGUAGACAGGAAAUUCACUGCGACGCUCGAUUUUGAGCAUGACAUCCUUGUAGAUGUUUUUGCUGAUCUUGACGAACCUCGAUUUUUGGGGAUGCUUCCGCGUAUACCUAAACUCAAGGCUACUGUUCGGUGUGAAGGAGGUACUGUUGAGAUAUUUAAUUUCCUCAUACCACAUUUUUAUCAUUACAUUACUGUUUCUCCUACUGGUAAAACUAGUCGGGUUGAGAAGGCGUAUCGGUUUGCGGAUGGUUCGAAGGGUGAGGAGUGGUGGACGACGUACCGCUAUCAAUUGGAGGCGUUUGUGGAUAAGGUUCGUGGUCGAGAGCCGCAGACUUGGUUGGAUCCUGAGGAUACUAUUGAUAAUAUGAAAUGGAUUGAAGCUAUUUAUGCAAAGGAUGGCUUUGGAAGUCGGCCGCAUUCAGAAUAUGUUCCCUAGGUCAAUAAAGGCCUACUCCCUUGUCCCAACUACUACCACAUAAGUUGGAACAUAUAAAAUCUGCUUUUACCAGUAUGCUGAUGGGUGCUUUGCAAAGCGCACAUGUGGUCCCCGCCGUAACUUUUCGUGAAAGCCGCAGUACAUCUCAAUGGUAUUGUAGUACUAGCGCCCGAAUCAAUUUUUAUUAUAGUA